AUGCCCGUGCAGGAGGCCACUCUUCACGAACUGCUGGAAAAGCGCAUUGACUGCCUGGCUCAAGCCAAAACUGGAACUGGAAAGACAAUUGCUUUCCUUCUACCUGCUAUCCAAACUCUGAUCAAUAAGAACAAGCCUCGUGGCUCUGGAAUCUCUUUGCUAGUUAUCUCACCCACACGUGAACUUGCUAUGCAGAUUGCGAAGGAGGCAUCGAACCUGCUUCAACGCCUGCCACAAUUCAGAGUGUCUAUCGCAAUCGGAGGCACCAACAAGGAGAAGGAGGAGCGCGACAUCCUCAGAGGAGACGGCUGUGAUAUCCUCAUCGCUACCCCUGGCCGUCUUUACGACCACCUUGGAAACCAACAGAUCAUACAGUCAUUCCGUAACCUUGAUACCUUGGUUCUCGACGAGGCUGACAGAUUACUGGAUAUGGGAUUUAUGGAGGAUCUCAAGAAGAUCAUCAGGUGCUUGCCCGACAAGGAGCAAUCGAAGCGCCAGGGAAUGCUCUUCUCGGCCACCAUCGCACCUCACGUUCAACAAUUCGCCCACCUUGUCCUCGCAUCAGGAUACAAGUUCAUCUCUACCAUUCCUGCAGGUGAAGCACAGAUCCAUCAGCGUGUACCGCAACUUCUUGUCACUCUCGAGACGUGGUCUCAAGUUGUUCCUGCCAUGGUGGCAUCAAUCAAGUCUGAAUGCAAGCUCAUUGGUCCUGCGGAGUUCAAGGCAAUCGUCUUUGCACCCACAGCAGCUCUUGCCGAUUUCUAUCAUGACGUUCUCUCACAAAUUCCCGGUCUGCCCUACGCAAGCGUUCUUCACGCCAGAGUCAGCCAGUCGCGCCGCACCAAGGUGACAAACGACUUCCGUGAAGCCACCAGUGCCAUCCUUGUUGCCACCGACGUCGUUGCUCGUGGUCUCGACUUCCCCGGUGUUUCGAACGUCUUCCAGAUUGGUCUUCCUGCAGACAAGGAGUCUUACAUCCAUCGUCUGGGCCGUACCGCACGCGCAGGCAAAGAGGGCAGAUCCGUCUUCAUCGUCACCGAGCCAGAAUCCUUCUUCCCUCGCCACGUUCUCAAAGCCAUCACCUUCGAGACCGCCAACCCCGACUUUGCAUCUGAAAUACCCCAGAUCGAGGCCAUCGUGGACAAGUACGAAGCCAAGGGAAAGACUUACCAAGCAUGGUUGGGCUUCUACAAGGCUCAUGCGAAAUCGAUGAGAUGGAAUGACGACCAGCUCGUUGCCGAGGCCAACAAGUUCGCCAUCGAGGCUCUAGGCUGCGACGAGAUCCCUGGUCUGGAGAGAAAGACUGUGGGCAAGAUGGGUCUGAAGGGUGCUAGAGGUCUGAAUAUUGUUGCCAACUUGCCGCAAAAGUCAAGUGGAGGUCGCAGCGCUGGUGGCGGUAGAGCGAAGGGUCCUGCUGCCAGAUAA